AUGGAUCUCGAUCUUCCUUCUGCAAUCCUCGAUCCUUUCAAGCCUGUCUCGGAGAUUUUGGAGCUAGCAGUUGAAUCCCCACCGACCAGGGAGCAGAAAAUUCAGUCUCGAAGCACCCUCAUAUCGGUGGGGAAUGUCAAUGUGAUGGAUAGAAAAUACAAGAAGACAAAAGCCGCAAUUUCUGCGAUUUUUACGAGGCCGGAUUUGGGCCUCCUCCGACCGCCGAACAUGGGUGCCCGAGGGAUCGAGCCUCAUAGGGGAUUUUCCGGGGUCCUGCUGAAUGGCGGUGGCCCCGUGCUGAACACUGCUAGGGCCGCAGUGGGAGUGGCACUGGUGGCUCGCAGCCUUUAUAUUCGACUGCCUCCGCUCGAGAUCCACCAAUCCCCCGCUACGUCCUUCGCUAUACUCAGCCGAAAUUCCACAGCAAUGUCUGGCAAAUACAUCGUUGUCUUUAAGGAUCACGUAACUGCUGAUCAGGUCGCCAACUACGCGAGAGAUGUGGAUAACAACGGUGGUCAUGUAAGCCAAAGCUUUGAGCCCCUCCUCAAAGGAUUUUCCGCGACCUUGCCGGAAGAGUAUUUUAAUCGUUUCCAAUCCCUCCAAGGAGACGUCGUUGAUUACAUCGGCAUGUAA